GCGGCCGGAGCCAGCGGGAGCUCGGGAGGCCGGGGCCGAGCGGGGCUGCCAGCGCCGGGCGCGGGCCGGGCCGGAGCUGAGGAGAGCACCGUGGUCUGGGGCCUACCCCCCCCGCAGCAGUGGGGUUUGGGCCUUCCAGCCCCUCGCUGCCAUUUUCCUUCUCCAGAGGGAGCGGAGAUGCCGCUUGCCCGCAGCCGCCUGGGGCUCCUGCUCCUCGGGGCGCUCCUCACCUUCCUCCUCUACCUCCUGCUCCCGGCUGCCCAGCACGAGCAGCGCUCGGCGGGUGCCCGGCCUGACGAGGGGAAGCAGGGCCGGCAGGCGGCCAACACCACCGCGCGAACGGGAAUGGCAGCGGGAGAGCCCCCCGUCUUCUACAGGGAGGUUUCUGCAGGGCCCCAGGCCAGCGGCACUGCCAGCCCCGGGAGGCCUGCUGUCCUGUUCCUGCACGGCCAGGCGUUCACCUCCAAGACAUGGGAGGCCUUGGGCACGCUGGCGCUGCUCGCUGGAGAAGGCUACCGUGCGGUCGCGAUAGAUCUGCCUGGCUAUGGGGAUUCGCCCCCCGCGGAGAUGACGGCCACGGCGCAGGGCCGGGUGGCUUUCCUGGACCAUGUCCUCCAGGAGCUGGGCAUGCGGAGGCCCGUUCUCGUCAGCCCCUCCAUGAGCGGCCGCUUUGCCCUGCCCUUCCUCCUGGCGCGGGGGGACCGGCUGGCUGGCUUUGUGCCCGUUGCACCCGUGGGCACCAAGGACUACGCUGCUGAGCAGUACCGGCGGGUCCAGACGCCCACCCUGAUCCUGUACGGUGACCGUGAUGCAAGCCUGGGUCCCCAGUCCCUGCAGAGCCUCCGGCACCUCCCCGGGCACCGUGUGGCCGUGGUGCCCGAUGCCGGCCAUGCCUGCUACCUGGACAAGCCGGAGGACUUCCACCGGGCCCUGCUGGGCUUCCUGCGCCAGCUGAAGUGAGCGCCGCCUCGUCCCCUGCUGAGCGGAGGACGGGGUGGCCGGGGCGUCCCGAGGCACUGGGAGGCACAGGUGGCUGGCAUGAGGGGUGCUGUUCUCUUUUGGGGUGUCC